GGUUGAGCUGUGCCGGAGCGGAAGGCGGAAGUGCGACCACGUGGGGCGUGAGGGUGGUGGAGGAUGGCGAAAGCUCGGCCUGGGCACCCCAGACCCCAGGGGCCGGCGGGGUCUGCUUCCCGAAACCCGCGGAGACAUCAGGGACAACCAGAACAGCCGAAACGAGGGAAGCAACCUCCGACGCCGCAGCCCGGACAGGCUAGAAAAGAAAAUAAGAAAGUAAACUCUAAGCCCAAGAACUUGGAUGAUCAAGAGAUUCCUUUCCGACUUCGGGAAAUUAUGAAGAGCCGCCAGGAGAUGAAAAAGCACAUCAGCAAAAAGAAACGAAAAGCAGUCCAAGUGGCUUUCAGGCAAAAGUUUGAGAAGGAAGCAAUGGGAUCCCUGUCAGACAUCCCAGUUCCCAAGUUCAAGCAGGGGAAGAAGGAGUCGGACAAAGCCUAUGUCCACCGAAUGGAACAAGAGGCUCAGCAUGUGAUCUUCCUCAGUGAGAACCAAGUGGAACGGAAACCUGAGAAGGAAGAAGCUCCUCAGCAAAAGAAAGAGAAAUCUCAGCGGAAAAAAGAGUUCCAGAGACGGCGUUUGGAUAAAGUUCGACAUCAGAAAGAGGAAAAGGCAAUAGCCAGCUUGGAAAAAGAACUAUUUCAAGAUUCUGUGAAAUUUGGUGAAGUUGUCCUUCAGCCUCCAGAAUUAACAGCAAAGCCAAGAAAGAGUACAAAUAGUGACAAGCUCGGCAAGAAGUCGCUGUUGCUUACAAGCCUCCUGACCCCUAGCAGUGCCCUCCAGCCCCCAGGCAUCUCCCUAGCUCGCCAGCGGAUUGUGGCAGAGGAGAGAGAGCGUGUUGUACGGGCCUACAGGGAGCUCAAGAAACACAAGCAGCAACAGCUAGAGCAAAGGCAGGCCUCUAGCCCAUCGGAGGGGAAGCCAAAGAAAAUGGCAUGAGGAAGGGCCCCGGGCAUUUAUGGGACUUGAUGCUGGUUUCCAGGAAUAAUGGUGAUGACACUCUCCUCAUAGAGGCAGAAGAACUUAGACAUAUUUGGCCUCCCCUUUUUGCUAGCUACUGCAGGAGCUAGGAAAUUACCUCUGAGUGGAAUAAAAUGAUUCUGAACAACUGAGAAAUAGCACUCAGUAUCAGGCUGCCAAGCAUGAACAGUUUCUGGGACCAAAAAUGCUCGAGUGGUCCCUGGCUUAUUCCCACAAUAUAUGCUAGGGCUUUGCCUGCCUGGUGCCAAGAGACCUGAUAGUUGCUAUGGCCCAAAGACGGAGCUUCCUAUGCAUUUACCAGCCAAGAUAUUUCCCAGGAACUGCCGAAGUCCUAGAAACACUGAUUAUCCUAUAUGAUUGAUUGUGCAUUUUUGUAUCACAUUGAUACUGGAUUUGUGGAAGGUAAAAUUGUGAGAGGCUGCCAAAUUUGGGUAUGACUGGUGCUUAAUAAAUUCCUGAUUUGAUUGAC